AUGGCCGUAAUAACAGACCAGGCGUUCGUGACUCUGGCUACCAGUGAUGGCUAUGGCCAAGGUGCCCUGGUGCUCGGCAGCUCCCUGAGGGGAAGCCAGACGACACGAAUCCUUGUCAUUCUCAUUUCACCCAUGAUUAUCGUGGUGGAUGUCAUGGACAGCAGAGACUCCGCUCACUUGGCUUUGCUCGGAAGACCGGAGCUUGGGGUCACCUUCACCAAACUGCACAGUUGGUGCCUCAUUAAGUAUACCAAGUGCGUCUUCAUGGACGCUGACACGUUGGUGCUUAAUAACAUUGAUAAUCUGUUUGAGAGGGAAGAGUUGUCGGCAGCUCCUGACCCCGGCUGGCCAGACUGCUUCAAUUCGGGGGUCUUUGUCUUCCGGCCUUCCAUGGACACCUACCACAGAUUGCUGGACUUUGCAGUGGACUAUGGCAGCUUUGAUGGAGGUGACCAAGGCCUGUUGAACAGUUUCUUUAGUGACUGGGCCACGAAGGACAUCCACAAGCACCUUCCAUUCCUCUACAACCUGAGCAGCGUUGCUGUGUACAACUAUCUUGCGGCCUUCAAAAGAUUUGGUUCCCAGGCCAAAGUGAUCCACUUUCUGGGACCAGUGAAGCCUUGGCACUACACGUUCAUACCGGACACCCACCUAGUGCUGACGGACACUGGGAAACCCAAGGAGCCCCACAUAGUGGACCUUCUCCAAUUGUGGUGGGAUGUCUACUUCUCUUCGGUCAUGCCUUUGUUCACAAACCCAGAGGAGGGGUGCAUUCUUCCCACUACGUGGCCAAGGUCUCAGGAUUCGCUGAGCACCAACUGGGUGGCCCUUAAAGAUCCUGUGGCAGUCUUUUGA